UCACCAAAAUUUCUCCAAUUAACAGAAAAAAAAUCAAUGUCCACCGCCGCCGCCGCCGCCGCCGUCUCCGGCCUCCACUGCGAGGUUUGGCAGCCCCAAGACUUCUCUGAAACUCAUUGUUCUUUUUCUUCUUCUUCUUCUGAAUCCCCUGAGUUCUUCAUCGAUUUCUAUGUCUCCUCAUAUGCAACUCAAGGCGACCAAAUCAUCAGCACUCUUCGUUACAAGAAUUUCAGGCAAAGAUGUGACGUUUUAACUCAAGAUUCCUUCUCUUGGUCCGCAAUUUCCACUAUGCUAUCCGAAACCAAUGUGCCUUACCAUCUUCAACCCUUUUUCAUUCAGCAGAUUUCCAUUAGCGCCCGCGGAAUUGCAACCGAACCCACUAACGCUCUCUCCCGCACCAUUCCCAUGGUCGUCGAGCUGGUGCUGCCUGAGGAGGCCAUGGAGGACUCGAGUUAUGGGUCGGACACCAUUAUGGGAACUGGGUCGCGCCGGGCGAGUAGAGCUUCGAUUCAGGAAAUGGAGAGAGUUGAAAUGAAUGGGGCUUUGAGUGAUUGUGUGAUUUGUUUGGAUGAUAUCGUUUCAGUUGGGUCUGAAAUUGAUGCACUUCGAAUGCCUUGUUUACAUAUUUACCAUCGAAAUUGUAUUCACAAAUGGCUGCAACUCAGCAACCGCUGCCCCUUGUGUCGGUUUCAGAUGCCAUUGGAAGAGGAAUGAAGCUCUGUUUUGGUUCUGAUAGUCUUGGCCGUUCUGUAAUAUAUUUACUGUUCUUUAUUGGGUUUUCCCCCCUUUUUGGAUGAUUCCUAUUUUCAAACAUGCCUUGGAAGGUUUAUGAAUGAAACCCACAUUUCUGAUCAA